AGACCCCUGAAAUAGCCGUGGAUCAAACAGCCGUCACUCAGGUGUGAGUUGUUGCACUUGUGCUGAAAAUGCAGCAGUCAUGUGCAGGUGCGCAACAGCUGCUCUUCAAACCAGCCCAAAGACAUGCGUCCAUUAGGAGGAUCUGUGAAGGUUUAUUCACUUAGGCAAGUGUCAGCCCAUCUAACAGCAUCUGGAUGGAUUAUUUCCACGCAUCUCACCCUGUAAAGUGUUUAUAAUGGGAAGUAGUUCUGGCAAAGUGUUACCUGAGCCCCCUAAAAAUGGAUAUUUUUGCCUUCUCAAUUCUGUUGUGAACUUCAAGAAACAAGAGACUGACAGGGAAAAGUGUAAAGAGAAACAACAAGCUUGGCUUUGGAGGAGGAGAAGUGACAGAAGGGCUUCCCGAGGAGGAAUAUCAGAAGGAGUCAAAGAAUCGGUUCAUCUGGAGGAGCGGAUGACGAAUCCUAACACAAAGUUUCGUGCAAAGUUUGAUCCACGCGUCACAGCGAGGUAUGACAUCAAGGCUCUGAUCGGCUGCGGCAGCUUCAGCCGCGUGGUUCGUGCUGAGCACAGACGCACACGCCAACCCUUCGCCAUAAAACUUCUGGAGGUCAAAGGUCGUGAGGGUCACGAAGCCUGUCAAGCAGAGCUCAGGGUCCUGCGACGGGUGAACCACAGCAACGUCAUCAGCCUGGCUGAGGUGUUCGAGACGCAGCAUCGCGUCUAUCUGGUUCUGGAGCUGGCCACGGGAGGAGAGCUCCUGGAGCGCGUGGUCGCCCGAGGAACCUUCAGAGAACGGGACGCCACCAAGGCCUUGAUGAUGGUGUCCAGCGGGCUGCGCUAUCUACACACGCUGGGCAUCAUCCACAGGGACCUCAAACCCGAAAACCUGCUGUACUACCAUCCGGGACAGGACUCGCGAUUGAUCAUAACAGACUUUGGACUCGCUUGCUGGGAGAACAAGACGACGGUUUCAUAUCAAAGCAGAGAAGAUACAGCUGUUAUGACUCAGGAUGCACAUUUUGACUCUGUAGAUGUUGAGAAGAGCUGUCAGGCUAAAGAUUGGGCUGUGAGGACACUCUGCGGCACGCCGGAGUACCUGGCCCCUGAGAUGCUGGCGCGGAGACCCUGUAGCAGCGCUGUGGAUAUGUGGGCGCUGGGAGUCAUCACUUAUAUCCUGCUGAGCGGCUCGCUGCCCUUCGACCAGAGCAGCCGACCGCGUCUCUUCAGGGCCAUUCUCAGGGGCAGCUACAGUUUCCAUGGAGAUAAGGAUCCCAAUGUUAGAAAUGAAUGGGGUUCAGUUUUAACGGCGCAUUUUAAAUG